CAGGAAUUCCGACGGGAAAGUUUGCUGGCAGCUCGGGCCGGCACCCUUCCCAAGCAGCGGGGCGGUCCUGAAGGCCCAGCCGUAGGUCCGCUGCCCUUCCUCCCGAGCCAAGCCGAAAGCGCUGCCCUCCCAGUGCGGUCGGAUCCGUGGCUCCCGAGUCCAGCCCUGCGGGCAGCGCCUCUGCGCUUCUCUCACUUCCACCGUGAUCCUGCUCCAGAUAUUUAGCGCUGACAGAAAAGGCAGCGAGACGUUUUAUUUUGGACGGGGAAAGGAGGGCGCAAAAGGGGACUGGAGAGGCCCCACCUCUCAGCACCACUGUAUGAGAAGAGACCAAGCUUCUAACACAUGAGUUUGGGAGACACAGUGAAACCACUGAGCCUCGGAGGGUGGCCAGGGACUCCCCUUCUUCCUGAAGAGAAGACGCCUUGAAGGACAUAAAUAAAUGCAGAACUCCCCGAAGAGAAGAGGCUCAGCUGUAAAAACUGAGGACAGGGAAGCUGCCAUCACAAGGCUGCCUGGGGGCAGCAGUUGCAUCCCCUCUCCAUGGCCAGCUUUUGACCUCUGAAUACAGGGUACUUAUCAUCGGCCAUAAAUGGACUUAACAGUUUAUUUUCUGCCUACAUGCAUAAAAGAUUAAAAUUGUGAUUGGUCGAGAUGGGGCCUGAACAUAAGCUCCCCAGGUAAAUGCAAUGGCAACAACACAGAAUCAUCGUUUUGAAGUCACACUGAAAAGAAGAGCUUCUCCUCCUCCUCUGGCCUGCAGGUGCCUGAAAGAUGAAUUUGGCUGAAAUUUGUGACAAUGCAAAGAAAGGAAGAGAAUAUGCCCUUCUGGGAAAUUAUGACUCAUCAAUGGUGUAUUACCAGGGAGUGAUACAGCAGAUUCAGAGACAUUGCCAGUCAGUGAGAGACCCGGCUAUCAAAGGCAAAUGGCAUCAGGUUCAACAGGAAUUAUUAGAAGAAUAUGAACAAGUUAAAAGUAUAGUCAGCACUUUAGAAAGUUUUAAAAUGGACAAGCCUCCAGGUUUCCCUGUAUCUUGUCAAGAUGAACCAUUUAGAGAUCCUGCUGUUUGGCCACCACCUGUUCCUGCAGAACACAGAGCUCCACCUCAAAUCAGGCGUCCCAAUCGAGAAGUAAGACCUCUAAGGAAAGAAAUGGCAGGAAUAGGAGCCCGGGGACCUGUAGGCCGAGCACAUCCGAUAUCAAAGAAUGAAAAACCUUCUACAAGUAGGGACAAGGAUUAUAGAACAAGAGGGAGAGAUGACAAGGGAAGGAAGAAUAUGCAAGAUGGUGUAAGUGAUGGGGAAGUUCCAAAAUUUGAUGGUGCUGGAUAUGAUAAAGAUCUGGUGGAAGCCCUUGAGAGAGACAUUAUAUCCAGGAAUCCUAGCAUUCACUGGGAUGAUAUAGCAGAUCUGGAAGAAGCUAAGAAGUUGCUAAGGGAAGCUGUUGUCCUUCCAAUGUGGAUGCCUGACUUUUUUAAAGGGAUUAGAAGACCAUGGAAGGGUGUGCUGAUGGUUGGACCUCCAGGCACUGGUAAGACUAUGCUAGCUAAAGCUGUUGCCACUGAAUGUGGUACAACAUUCUUCAAUGUUUCCUCUUCCACACUGACAUCUAAAUAUAGAGGUGAAUCUGAGAAGUUAGUCCGUCUGUUGUUUGAAAUGGCUAGGUUUUAUGCCCCUACCACAAUCUUCAUUGAUGAAAUAGAUUCCAUCUGUAGUCGAAGAGGAACCUCUGAUGAACAUGAGGCAAGUCGCAGAGUCAAGUCUGAGCUCCUCAUUCAGAUGGAUGGAGUUGGAGGAACUUUAGAAAAUGACGAUCCUUCCAAAAUGGUUAUGGUAUUGGCUGCUACUAAUUUCCCCUGGGACAUUGAUGAAGCUUUGAGAAGAAGAUUAGAAAAAAGGAUAUACAUACCUCUCCCAACAGCAAAAGGAAGAGCUGAACUUCUGAAGAUCAAUCUUCGUGAAGUCGAAUUAGAUCCUGAUAUACAGCUGGAAGACAUAGCAGAGAAGAUUGAGGGCUACUCUGGGGCGGAUAUAACUAAUGUUUGCAGGGAUGCUUCUCUAAUGGCAAUGAGGCGACGUAUCAAUGGCUUAAGUCCAGAAGAGAUCCGUGCCCUUUCUAAGGAGGAACUUCAGAUGCCUGUUACCAAAGGAGACUUUGAGUUAGCUCUUAAGAAAAUUGCUAAGUCUGUUUCUGCUGCAGACUUGGAGAAAUACGAAAAAUGGAUGGUUGAAUUUGGAUCUGCCUGAGUUUUUGUUAGCUCUUUCAUUUCUGGCAUUUUUGUUUAUAAAAUGUGAAGAGAUUCCUGAAAUUU